AUGGAAGAAUCCGAUGAUAUCGGUCCUCGCUAUAGAAUGUGCCUUUUUCUUUUUGGAAACGUUGAUAAACGUGGUCAGUUAGAAGAUGAAUAUGCUAAUGAUGAGGAGUUGUCCUCGAUCAAUCACAUCGACGCGUGCCACGUCACUGAAUUUGAGGCCAAUAUUAAGGCGAUCGUGUCAGAUGGCUCUGAAUGUGAUUCUUUUGUUUCGAAUGAUACCAGCAACAGUAUUGCUAAUAUGCUACCCCCCAUCGAACCUGAGGACUAUUAUAAUGAGUCAGAAUUGAUUUGUCUUGACGCUGUGGAAAACUCUCUUCCCUGCGAAGUGGAUGCUGAUGUGGGUGAUGAAUAUGAUGAAACGGUACCUUCGUCGGAAUUUAUAGUUUCUGCUAAAGAAGGAGAGUUGUUGGCUUCAAAUAAUUCCUCAACGGAUGAAGCCCCUCUUGCAGGUUCUAUGACAUCCUCUUCAGAUUCGAAGUCAUCACAUCCAUCUCCCUUGCCUUCAAUCGCGUCUUCAUUGCUCAAAUGUUGGCCAGAGCCCUUAUCACCGACGUCAGAUCAGUUACCCAUCGGUUCCCCAAGACUAGAUAUUCCUUCUUCAACCAGGUAUGAGGUUGGUGAUAGGUCCACAAUAAUGCCACCCCCGCUACAUCCUGCUCCCGUUGCCGCCACGCGUCAGCAGCAUCGAGCGAUCUCGUCGUUCUGCAAAUCGGGUCUGAACCAUGAUAAUGAUCCUCACCAUUCAUCUGACCAGCAGGCUUUCCCUCAACGGAUUCUCAACACUCCUUUGGGUAACCUUUUGCCUCCAGAGUAUGCAGAUGUGGAUAUCACUGCAUUGUUUCCCCACUAUUCUCCCAAUCUCAUUCCAAGGUGGGGUCGCAUAAUUAGUCUUCCCUAUCCUCCUCAGAAGUACGAUCACCUCAAACAUAAUCCGAUUGAUUAUUCAGAGGAUGAAGGCCUUAUUGGCUUGACAAACGGGGAAAGUGGGGAUGUGUGUGAAGGGAUUGGCAGGUUGCAUUUAUUUUUCCGCAACUUUCUGGACCUUGGCGAAAUUCCAACAAAUGAGAAACAGUUCGAAGAAGCGACGAAAUUAGACGAGAUGCAAGAGUUGCAGACAUUUCCGGAUCCUAACUUGAAUUGUUUUGCGGGUGCGGAACGCUCUUGGUGGCAGAUCGCCUUUGCAGAGCGUCUGGCGCAGCUGGAAAACAGCUCCGCCGCGACCUCAGGUCAGACUGUCCCCAAAGAGGUGGAUUCCAAGAAGGACAGAAAAUCCAGGAAGAAAUCCUUAGCAAACACUGUCAACGGCGACUCAGCCACCAGCAAUUCAGUCUCUGCUACCACAGCUGAUGUGAAGACAAAACCAGAAGAAGGCGAGUCAUCAAGCAAUGUACAAUCGCGAUACUGCACGUGGCGAUUUGGUCCUGCGAAGUAUUGGUAUGACCAGUUGGAGAUACCGGAAACAGCAGACAUUACAAAGUGGACCGAGUGGCGCAAAAAUGCCACUCUUCCUGUUGCUGCGGCACCUUUGCAAUCCACUGGUCUCAAUGUAGCUCUCUGCGGUCACCCCACGUUGGCUGUUGAGUCGGGGACGAAAGCUAUUGUUGCAGACUCGACGACGGGCGCCAUAGCACAAAAAGGGUCUCGGUUAUCCCAUUCAAUCGAUGAGAUUGACGAAGAAGAUAUGAGUAGUAGAACCGAAGAAGCGGAAUUGGAGGCAGAGGAUGAGGAGGAAAUGUUUUUACCCUUCAAGCUUAUACAGUGGGAAGAGGACAUAAUCUACGAUCCUCAAUUAAGUAACAACAAGGACAAUUACCAGGGCAAAUAUCCAGGUAUUCUGGGAUACAAGGUCCUGACUGGUUCUGGACAGAUCGGUCAGUCGGCGGCGGGCAUGUCUGGAAACAGUACAAGUAGUACUAUUGCAUCUGCCUCCUCAACAUCUACUGUCGAUGCUCACAACCAGGCACCCACAGCUCUGCGCUCCUCUACCUGUUUCACCGGACCCUAUUCCUUCUUUCCUAUUGAAAAUCCACAAAUUAUGGACGACAGCUGGCGUUUUGAUAUCAUCUACGACCCGCAGUGCCACACACCGGCGGCUGAUACGCCAUUUCUGCUCACUCUCAACAAAAAUGAUGAGCAGAGCCUUCUCGACACUGUGGUCAACGACGACGAGCUUGUGGUGGUGAACGCCCCAAGUGCUCUCAAGAAGAAGCAGCCGGAACACAUGCAAGAUGGUCACAUUAACCGAGCCAGCUUCCACGUCACUUUUGGCUUCGCUUCCACUCGUGGAACUCUGACCGGGGCUCUGGCAAAAGCGGAAAAGGGAGCCGAAAAAGUAAAGCGUAUCCUCGGCAAAAUGCCACUUUCUUUUCGAUUUGUCAUGUACUUCACUCAAAAUUAUGCUACCUGA